UCGCCUUUAACCAAUAGCAGCCCUGCUAUGGAAAAUGUAGUUAACAGGCUGCCCCGACGGACGUCACCAGUACCAGUACAGUGUAUUUGAUGCAAAGAAAAGUCUCUGCGGCGAGCUGUGCCAUUAACGCAGGAAAUAUGACGAGAAAGAUCCAGGGAGCUUGCAGGCUAUGCCUGCAUCAUGCCGCUUUUCUCCAAAGAAAUCCUGCCUUGUCAAUACAGUGCUCCAGAAGCUUCAGUACACUCAGGGAAGGAAGGCGCACGGGUUUAUUAUGGAAGACACUCGCCACCGUCGCUGUGGGCGUGCCGGUGGUGGCGGGAAUGCGGUAUGCCGUGUCGGACCAGAGAGAGCGGAGGAAGAUGAGGAUAGUGACCGAGGGAUUCGGUCGGUUCUGCAGGUCUCUCUCGGUGGGACUUGUGAUAUCGGUGGACUACUGGUGGACCACCAAUAUGGCUCUUCGGGGUGUGGAUGAGAGCAGCCCAUCCUACGCUUCGGCGAUGUCAGCUUGCCACCAAAGAGCGGCGGAGAACAUGGUGGAGGCCGCUGUCCGGAACGGCGGCAUAUACAUCAAGCUGGGCCAAGGCCUGUGCUCCUUCAACCACCUCCUGCCGCCCGAAUACAUUCGCACCCUGCAGGUACUGGAGGACCGCGCCUUGAACAGAAGAUACAAAGAGGUGGAUGCUCUUUUCCAAGAAGACUUCAACAAAAGCCCGCAGGAGAUUUUUAAAACCUUUGACUAUGAGCCCAUCGCCGCGGCCAGCUUGGCUCAGGUGCACAAGGCGGAGCUGUUAGACGGAACCUCCGUCGCUGUAAAGGUGCAAUACAUCGACCUCCGGGACCGCUUUGACGGCGACAUCAGGACGUUGGAGAUCCUGCUGGACAUCGUCAAAUUUAUGCACCCCAGCUUUGGAUUCCGAUGGGUCCUCCAGGACCUGAAAGGGACUCUGGCUCAAGAGCUGGACUUUGAGAACGAGGCCAGGAACUCUGAGAGGUGCGCCAACGAUCUGAAACACUUCAAGUUUAUUGUGGUGCCCAAAGUGUUCUGGGAGCAAACCAGCAAGAGGGUUUUGACGGCAGAGUUUUGCAACGGUUGUAAGGUCAACAACGUGGAAGAACUAAAAAAACAAGGACUGAGCUUAAAAGAUACAGCAGACAAGCUGAUCCGAGCAUUUGCUGAGCAAAUAUUUUACACGGGUUUCAUCCAUGCCGACCCCCAUCCUGGAAAUGUUCUAGUGAGACGCGGUCCCGACAACAAGGUGGAGUUGGUACUUUUGGAUCACGGAUUGUACGAACAUCUCAGCCAACCCGACCGACUGGCUCUGUGUAAACUAUGGAGGUCAAUCGUCCUACGGGAUGAGGCAGCGAUGGAAAUGUACUCAAAAACUCUAGGGGUCAAAGAGUACUUCCUCUUCUGCGAGAUGCUGCUGCAGCGGCCCAUCAACAUGCGUGAGCUGCGCUUGUCCAACAUCCUGAGUCAAGAGGAGACGGCCUACAUGCGCCAAAUGGCCAUCCACCGCUUCAACAGCAUCAUGCAGGUGCUCAAGGCCAUGCCUCGGCCCAUGCUGCUGGUCUUCCGCAACAUCAACACCGUCCGGAGCAUCAACAUCACGCUGGGCGCGCCUGUUGACCGCUACUUCGUCAUGGCCAAAAGUGCGGUGCGAUGCUGCGGCAAGAUCCAGGCAGAGAGGACCAGUAUGCUGCACAGAUUCUGGAUUGUCCACUCGUUAUGGACAAGAUGGGAGGGGCUCAAGUUCGAGCUGGCUUUGAGAUCGGAGAUGGCGUUGAUGAGCGUGACCCGCUCCCUGGUCAACCUGCUGAGCUACUUGGGUCUUAUUUCUCUGGAUUCUGACAUGUACGACUAUCUGAGAUAGUGCUCGUCAGGAACCGUCUCCUUUGAAAGCAACGCAGUCUGACCACAUGGGACUAUUCGUCUCAAACCCACUCCAGCAACUUUGCUAGGCUCCCAAAUCACAAACUGUGGGAAGAGUGGGAGGGCUGUAACGUGCUGUAGGUGCUAAUGUCCUCUUACACCGCCUGCACUGCUGUCGACAUCUUCAAGCAAAUGUUUUGGAUUAUUUGAAAAACCUAUUGUAAUAGUUGUAUUUAUCAUAUUUUAAAUAUAGAAACAUGACAUUUUUAACAUUCUAUGAUAAAGUUAUGUUAGACAAUAUUUAAAGUGAAUAAUCCCUGCUUGAUUUAUUACGAAUGUUAAUAUGUGUCACUUUGUAAUUAAUCUCUGCCAAAGACAUUUUUUCUGUUUGCAAUUAAGGUUGAUUUUCUCUGGAGGAGAUACUCAAUGUGAAGGUUAAUACAACAGCCAAAAUGUUUCAGUCCAAGAAUAAAUGAUCCUACCUCCUUUUUUCA